AUGGCUGAUGCUCAACCCCAAAACGGCGAACUCGCCAUUUCAAAAGCCCCCAAAAACAUUUACUCUCGGACCAACAGGUGCCUGAGCCUCUUUUCCAAAUACCGCAACAUGUCAGUUGACCAGAAUCCAUAUCAACUGUACAUGGCAAUCUAUGAGGUUUGGUUCUUGUUCUGGGUUAAUACAAGCAGUUGUCUUGAUCGUCGUCUCAAGUUUUACCCUGACAUGAAAGAACUAGUCAUGUCAAUGCUUUCAGUUCUUCAACGAGCCCUUCGGCUAGCCAGUAUUUCCCAUCCACUCGCCAGGACAGUGGUAGAGACUGAUGGCGCCUUGUAUGGAAUCACCGGAGCCAUCAGCCGACUCGAACGACUUGACCAGUGUAUUCGGAAUUACGAAUCCCCAGCCGCUAGGGAAGCGAGAGAAAUCCGUCGUCUUGUCGCAACAAAAUGGGGCGAUGGCUCUGCGGCUCUCGUCUGGAGAUUAAUACAUGGACGCUUCCCGCGUGCUGAACCUACAUUGAUAACCCAGCUGGUGCUGUCCAUAUUGCAUCGACGCUACCGGAUUAUCUAUCAUCUGUUGAAAUAUGAGAAGGCAAUGGAAAACGCCAAUCCUGGUGCACGAAGAAGUCAACAACGGGAAAUGGCUGACGAUACCCUUUUAUAUCCAGCAUCAUAUCCAGAUCCACCAGAGCAGAGAAGGGCCCAAUGGGAGUCCCACCUGAAAGCUGAUUUGAAGCCAUAUGCGUGCCUUUCUGAGUAUUGCCGACACAUCCCAAAGCUCUUCUCGACUGCAGACGAAUGGAAGGACCAUAUGGAGAUGCACAAUCGCUACUUGAUAGGCAACGAGACCAACUGGUUUCGAGAAAUCCAUCGCACCAAAUGGCCGUGUCCAUUUUGUAACGACAGCAAUACAUGCUUCAUUACCCUGCACGACUUGCAGAAUCACCUCAUUGAAGAUGAGGUGACAAAUCAUCCUGACAUAACGGGCUGGGACACGUCGAUGCUAAGGAGGAGCAGGGUGCCCAACCCAAGAGACAAAUAUUGCUGUCCCCUGUGCAACAUGGAGCAAAAGGGUCGCACGCCGAAAAAGCGGUCUGACCGACUGUAUACUCACUUCAUCGACCACCUAGAGGAAUUGGCUCUGGUGUCCAUCUACGGCUGGAACGUUGAAAUUUCCAAGAUAACCGGCCAGUCUAUUAGCAGCACGCACUCUGUUGAUGUCGGAGAGAGGAACUCACUGCGCCGUCGCUCGGGGCCCAACCAUGACCAAAGAAAGUCUAUGAAGCGGAAAAUAUUGGAUUGUGCAAAAAGGUUUCGGGACUAA